AUGAAUCAAACAGAUCCUUUUGAUCUAUCAAUUGAAUCUAGGGAUAAAACAUUGCCUCCAAUUCCAAAGAGUCGACCUCAACUAAAUUUACAUACAAAUUCAUCUUCUGAAAUAUUGGAAACAAAGACAUUAAGACGGAAGAAUUUGAAACAAUUAUCAUUAUCCCAACCUCCAUCAACAAACACUACAGAAGAAACCAUAGAUGAUUCAUCAAUAAUACGGCAACCACUUUCAAUGAGGAAUAGGCGAGAGCAAAGACCAGCCCCAAUUCUUAAUGUAAAAUCAUCAUCAAAAUCAAAUAAUUCAUUGUCACCUAUAUCUUUUGAUCAAUAUCCAUCGUUAUCUACGCAAAGAUCAUUAUCACAGCCAUUAAUUAAAACGCCGAAAUCAGGUGGAGAUAAUGGUAGUUCACUGCUGGGAGUAAUAAUAAGUCAAACUUUAAGUCGACCAACCAGUGCAGGAACAUCUAUAACUGAAUUUAAUAUAAAUGGAAGUAAUAGAAAUGUUGAUCCUGAAUCCGAAAUUUCAACUGAAUUAAUAAUGAAUCAGAUAUCGAAUUUAGAUUUAAGGAGAAAUAAAUCUUUAGAAAAGCAUGAAAAGCAUCAAAAUAGACAAACUGUUAUAUCAUCUAUAUCACCAACAAAAUCAACUUCAUCUAACUCUCCAUUAGAUCCAAUCACAGCCAAUAAUACAACUUCAACUAAUCAUCUUUUUAGUAAAACCGACUUAAAUAUGGAUUCACCCAUAUCAACUACGAAUUCAAUAAAAUUAUACAACAAAGAUCUUUUAACUUUAAAACAAUUAGGAGCAGGAAAUUCUGGAUCAGUUUCCAAAAUUCUACAUAUACCGACUCAAAAAAUAAUGGCAAAAAAAAUAAUACAUAUAGAUUCAAAAAGUAUAAUACAAACUCAAAUAAUUAGAGAAUUAAGAAUAUUACAUGAAUGUAAUUCUCCAUACAUAAUUGAAUUUUAUGGAGCAUUUUUAAAUAAUAAUAAUACUAUAGUAUUAUGUAUGGAAUAUUGUAAUUGUGGUUCAUUAGAUAAAAUUUUACCAUUAUGUGAAAAUAAACAAUUUCCAAUAUUUGUUUUAAAAAAAUUAUCAUUUGCUAUAUUAUCUGGUUUAACUUAUUUAUAUACAACUCAUAAAAUUAUUCAUAGAGAUAUAAAACCAAAUAAUGUACUAAUGACUCAUAAAGGAGAAUUUAAAUUAUGUGAUUUUGGAGUUUCAAGAGAAUUAACAAAUUCUUUAGCUAUGGCUGAUACUUUUGUUGGUACAUCAAUGUAUAUGUCACCAGAAAGAAUUCAAGGUUUAAAUUAUGGAGUUAAAUCAGAUGUUUGGUCAAUGGGAUUAAUGUUGAUUGAAUUAGCUACUGGGAAACAAGUUUGGUCAGAUGAUAAUUAUGAAAAUGAUGAUGAUGAAAUGUAUUCAAAUAAUUCAUUUAAAGGUCCAGAAGGUAUAUUAGAUUUAUUACAAAGAAUUGUAAAUGAAAAUCCACCAAGUUUAAUGAAAAAAAUUAAUCAUGUAACAAAAGAACCUUUUGAUUCUGAUUUAAUUAAUUUUAUUGAUUCUUGUUUAAUUAAAAAUGAUUCAUCUAGGAAAUCUCCUUGGCAAUUACUAAAAAUUGAUCCAUUUUUUGAAGGAGUUGAAGAAGGUUUAUAUGAUAAAGAACAUAAACUAUGGGCGAAAAAAAUUAGAAAAGCAAACAAAUCUGAUAAGGAUAAAUAG